AUGCUUCCAACUGUGUACGGUCAAAUGCAAGAUCCAUUGGCUCAAGUUGCUGCCGCUGCAUUAGCACAAUCGACGAACGCCGAGCCGGUCGUCGGCUCUCGUGACACAAUGUUCACCAAGAUUUUCGUCGGCGGCCUCCCAUAUCACACGAGCGAUAAAACUCUCCAUGAGUAUUUUGAGCAGUUUGGCGAAAUUGAAGAAGCAGUGGUGAUCACCGAUCGCAAUACGCAAAAGUCGAGAGGAUAUGGAUUCGUCACUAUGAAGGAUCGUCCAUCAGCUGAGAGAGCUUGCAAGGAUCCGAAUCCAAUCAUCGACGGAAGAAAGGCGAACGUGAAUUUGGCGUACCUUGGAGCCAAACCACGUACUAACGUACAGUUGGCAGCGCUGGCCGGACAAAUGCAACUACCGCUUACCACUCAACUUCAAGCUUUAUUCCCGCCAAGAAUUGGCAUCCCACAAGUCUACUACCCGACGGCGGGAUUGAUGAAUCCGCUAUUGGCGGCUCAAGGAGCUGCAGCCGCUGCGCAACCGCAGCUUAUUGACUACUCUGCGCUUUCUGCGAUCAUGGCGCAGACGCAGAACACCGCUGCUUACGGAUUGACACCACAGGCGAAAUUCCCUGUUACAUCUGCAGCGGCGGCGGCAACUGGUCUUGAACAGUACGCGGCCUAUCAAAACGCGACGUCUGGAUACAGUCUGGUGCCACCGGCGGCAUACAACUUGAACGGUUCCCAAUUGCAGUUGGCUGCUGCUCAGCAACAACUCGAACACCAACGUGUUUAA